AUGUUGAUCCGAAUCUGUAUAAUCAUUACACUCUUUAGAUGGUCUACUGCUGAAAUUGGCAUUCCGAAGGAGACAAUUUCAGUGCACGCUGUCUCAAACAGACCCACUGCAACUGCAACUGCAUCAAAACCAAACAUUUGCAAGCAGUCUGUUGAAGAAACAGGACAAGUCAGGAUGGAGACAUUUGGAGGCGAUUUCGCUACAAUGACUACUAGUAUCUACCGCCGUGAGGAAUUAAAAAAUUGGGGAGAAGGUGAUGGUGAUGAUUGGGUGCAAUCAAACAGUUUUGGGUCUACAAGCACUACAAGCACUACAAGCACUACCCUGGAUUUGUCUGAUGGUGAAUUUGGAUUCCUUUCUCUUCUCAUAUUUGCACCAAUUAUUCUUGCCCUCGUGGGGAUGGUGGUCAUAGCUAUCAUAUUAGCUCUAGUUGAAUUGAUUCUAAUGUGUCUAGAAUGCUGUUUUGGGUCAAAGGAUGAACACAUUCAUGGCGAGAACAACCGCCAAACAAGUGAAGUUCGUAGAGCAGAUAAUGUGUUGCCACAACCCCCGCCCGCUUAUCUAAGAAGUGACGAAGAAACGUUGGUUUAA